AUGCUCUUCAGCAAGCGGCUCCUUGCCGCCGGUAUGAUUUUGGUGGCCGCCACAGCAGAAGCAGGUCAUUCACACGCAGCAGCGUUGGUCCGGCCACGCAAAGACGAUACGGCUUCGCAAUCAGCUUUGCAGGAGGUUGAAGCAGAGCGCAAGAUCUACGAGGCCGCUUCCUACCUACUUUUCGAAGGCCAUGGCCUCGGCAGUGGCAAUGUAUCUCGCAGCAACCUGACAACUAGACAAGUGCGGCCUGGAGGCAGCACUCUGCAACGUGGACUGAACAUGUACUACACGCCACCUGGCUUCCAGUCGAACAACGGCAUGCAUUUUGUAAAUGUUAGUGUUAGUGGUGAAGAUGAUAAUAUCAUGUUCUUGGGCACGGAGCGCUUUCAUCAAGAGAUACAUGAGGCAUCGUGCUCCAAAGACUCAGUCGUCAUCACGUUCAAGGACGAAGCAAGAUUCCAGAGUAUUAAGACAGAGUGGAGUUGGGUCAACCAGAAGGUCAGACACAAUAUCUGGCUCGUUACCGAGACUGAACAGUACAAUUCCCCAGACGGUGAUCAGACCUCAAGACAGCCCUGGCUGGUCACGAAAGCCAACUUUGACGACUCCAGAAACCACGUUACACUGAAAGCAAGUCCAAAGUCAUUCAAGGAAGCAUUCGGAAAGAGCUUCCAUCUCUCGCUUACUCGUCAAGACCAAGCUACCGGCAGCGUGCGUCGUGACCCAAAUAAUCUCUAUAACAAGAGAGGCAAAUUGCUGGAUGCAUCCAUUGAUCUUAACCACAACUUCUCCGGGCUAGGUGUCGAGCUUCCGAAGGAAUUCCAGGCUGUAAUCAAGGAUGAUGGACCGGUAGGUGCCAUUGAGUGCAAUCCUUGUCUCACAUAUGGUGCCAUCGACUUCGAUAUCGACAUUCACGGGAGUAUCAAUGGCAUCGAAGGGAAAGCAAGUAUCACGGCGAAGGGUGUUGGAGCCACGAUUAAUGCCAACCUCUACAUCUAUCAAAAAUUACUGGACAAGACAAUGAAAGACCAAGUUAUCUGGGGCUUCGUGCCGCCUCUUUGCGGCAUCUACAUCAAGGGCAUCAUGGACUUUGGUCCAACUGUCAAAGCCCUUCUCUCUGCAUCACUUGCUUCAAAACCUGAAGGGCAAUCGGUCUUGUCCAUGGGCUACAAUCUCAGCGUCCCGGAUCCCUCGGAGUUCUCAGUAGGUCUGAGCACAAGCAAAGGUUUCGAAGCAAAGAUCGAUGGCUGGAAACCUUCAUUCAAGCCUUUGACGCCUGCGAUCUCCAAAGACCUUUCCAUCGAAGGCAAUAUAGGUCCUAAGCUUGGCUUGUCACUGGAUGGCAACGUCCUCGGUCAAGGCGUCUCGGUUGGUUUCCAAUUUUCUGCCGCGACCCUGGAUUUCAACGUCACUGCCGAAGACACCAAACCUGUAUGCGACAACCCGGACUGGGAAAGAGGCGCGAAAGUGGAUCUCGGCUUGGUGCAAGAAGUCAAUGCCGCUCAGACCGCGAAUUUUCUCGUAUGGAAAGCUUCGAAGACGGAGACUUUGGCGAGUACCAGCUACGAUCUUGUGGACACGUGCAUCUCCGCCGCUGCCACUACGACUGUUCCUCUGGUUCGUCCGACGCAAGAAAGGAACCACUAUAUUCCUGCAGAAAACGGUUUGGAGCAGCUUGCUCUCGAGAAGGCGAAACUUGUGGCUUCUGUUUUUCAGACUGGACUUGCUUCUCAUGUGACUGAUGGCUUUAAGACUGUUACGAGCGAGUUGAAGGAUGUUGGAUCUACGAUUUCUGCCGAGGGGAGCAAGGCUGUGGCGACUCUUACAAAGGGUGCAGAGAGCGUGGCUUCAAAGGCCACGGACGAGGUCAAAGACAUCGGCCACAAAAUCGAGCAUGGAUUCAAACAUUUUUUCCAUAUUCCAUAA